AUGGCCGUUGUUCCUGCACAAUCCUCUUCCUCUGAAACAUCCAUCAUCACAAUAAACCUAGCCACCACUAUUAAUGAAAAACUUACCCCUGCCACAUUUCCCCAAUGGAGAGCUCAAUUUGAGGCACUGCUCAUAGGUUACUACCUUAUUGAUUUUGUCACCAGAAAACAUCAAUGUCCAGCCAUUGAUGCAACAAAUUCUACCACCUCCCAAGCCGCGUACUCCCACUGGGUUCGCCAAAAUAAACUUCUCCUCCAUGCCAUUCUUGCUUCCACCUCCAUGACAAUCACCCCACUUCUUACCUCUUGCAAAACGUCUCAACAGGCUUGGUCUGCUCUUACUCGGCUUUAUGCGGGCAAAUCUCGAACAUGUGCAAUGCAACUCAAGGAGGAUUUAACUUUAAGCACCAGUGGCAGUAGAUUUGUCACUAAAUUUCUCCAAAGCAUAAAAAUGAUUGCUGAUGAACUCGCAAUCAUAGAUCAUCCUGUUUCGGAUGAUGAUCUCACACUCUAUAUUUUAAAUGGCCUUGGACCCGAAUUCCGUGAGAUUACAGCACCCAUCCGUGCUCGGGAAACCUCAAUGAAAUUUGGGGAACUUCAUAACUUGCUAGUUGGUCAUGAAAAUUACAUCCGCUGA